AUGGUGAACGCCAUCAAAGGAUUGUACAUAUCAUGUGAUGUACCCAUGGCACAGUUCAUUAUCAAUAUGAAUGCUGCAUUGCCCCAAUCACUGAAGUUUAUCAUACAGGUCUUGGACAAUACACAUCUCUUUGUACGAUCGGAUGUGGCCGGAAUGAUUCGUAGUGCUAUUUCAGAUUUUAGAGAGGCAAAUACCUAUGAGAAACCUGCUUAGGCUGUUUGAUAAAGCUAAGCCUUGUUGGACGUUUAGAGAGGCAAAUACCUGUGAGACUUGACCCAUUGCCGUGUGCGCCAGUACCACCAAUCUUUUGUGGAAUUACUAUGGUAAAA